AUGUCGCUCCGCGGUACCGUAAUACGGCCACGAUUCCUGUGGGUGGAUGGCCGUUUCGAAGAAGGUCAGGCUGUUGCGAUCGAUUCGGCGGGGAAUAUCGAGCGGCUCGGACGCGACGUCCACCCGGUCGACGGCCAGAAGUUGGUAGAGUGGCCGACGCUUGCCCUCCUCCCCGGCUUCAUCAACACCCACUCGCACGCAUUCCAUCGUCAUUUGCGAGGACGAUCGGAAAUCGGAAAUGAGGGCGGGGACACGUUCUGGCGCUGGCGCGACAACAUGUACAACCUGGUCGACGACGUCGAUUGGGAUGGCAUGAAGAAGCUCUGCCUUGCCACGUUCCGCGAAAUGAUCCAAGCGGGCAUCACGACGGUUGGCGAGUUCCACUACGUGCACCACGGCAGUGGAAGAUUUGACCUGGACUCGGCGGUACUUGCGGCGGCCAAAGAAGCCGGGAUCAGGAUCUGCCUUCUCACUACACUGUACGAGCAAGCCGGCUUUGAUGCCCCCGAGCCGCACGUCAUCCAGAAAAAGCGCUUCAUCAGCACCUACGACGACUUCAUCAAGCACGCCGAUGGGCUCCGAAAGCUAGAAGAUGAAACGACGACCAUUGGCGUGGCCGCGCACUCGGCGCGCGCCGUCCCGUUCGCGCACAUCGGCGACCUUUGGCAGUGGGCCGAGCAGCAGCAGCUCCCCUUCCACAUCCAUCUCGAGGAACAACCGAAGGAGCUGGCCGAUUGCCAGAAAUUUAUGAACUUGGCGCAGACGCCGGUGGACGUCAUCCUGGAGAGGAUCAGGCCGGGGGCCCUAUUCACCGGUGUUCACAAUACUUAUACCACGGCUGAAAACAUGGAAAAGCUGGCGGAGCUUGGCGCAAAUGUUAGCGUGUGCCCUUGCACUGAAGGCUACCUCGGAGACGGCAUUCCGGCCAUCUCUUCCAACACCCAUCUCUCAUUCGGCACCGAUUGCAACAAUCGAAUCUGUUUCAUAGAAGAGCUGCGAUGGGCGGCAUUCACUCAACAUGCGAAACACAACUCGCGCAACAUCGCCGGGCUAUCGGCUGAACGUCUCCUGAAGCAUGCCACCGUGGGUGGGGCCCGUUCGCUGAACCUCUCGAAGGUGUGCGGGUCUUUUGAGGUUGGAAAAUCGUUCGACUGCGUGGCUUUUGAUGCUGCUAGCCCAGUAAUCGCUGGUUUGAACAAAGAUGAACUAGCCGAUGGCAUCGUCUUCGGUUGCGGCAAUCGAGAAAUCGCCAAGGUUGCCGUCCAAGGCCUCAUCCGCCACGAAAAGCCU